AACCCUAAAAAGUUGAGGCUUGAGAAAAACCCUGAAACAAGAUAGUCGCCAUGUCUGAGAUUGAACACUCACGUUCAGAGAAGAAGAAGAAAAAGAAGGAUUCCAACAAUGAAAGUAACCCAAAUGACCAAGUCGAUUUCCUGAUCAAACCCCAGAGCUUCACCCCUUCCUUAGACACCUCCCAAUGGCCUAUCCUCCUCAAGAACUACGAUCGCCUCAACGUCCGUACCGGCCACUACACUCCACUCCCUUCUGGUUACUCUCCUCUGAAGCGUCCCCUCCAUGAGUACAUCAAGUACGGAGUCCUCAAUCUCGACAAACCUGCAAACCCUUCUUCUCACGAAGUCGUUGCGUGGAUCAAACGUAUCCUUCAUGUCGAGAAGACCGGUCACAGUGGAACCCUCGAUCCCAAAGUGACUGGGAAUCUCAUCGUCUGCAUCGAUCGAGCGACCCGCCUCGUAAAAUCGCAGCAGGGAGCUGGGAAAGAGUACGUUUGCAUUGCAAGGCUUCAUUCGGCGGUACCCGAUGUCGCUAAGGUCGCCAGAGCUCUUGAAACACUUACUGGAGCUGUAUUUCAGCGGCCUCCGCUCAUUUCUGCGGUCAAACGGCAACUCAGGAUUCGAACCAUUUAUGAAAGUAAGCUUCUUGAGUAUGACGCUGAUAAGCAUUUAGUAGUUUUUUGGAUUUCUUGCGAGGCAGGUACCUAUGUUAGGACGCUAUGUGUCCAUUUGGGUCUGCUUUUGGGUGUUGGAGGGCAUAUGCAGGAGCUCCGCCGCGUUCGGUCUGGGAUUUUAGGUGAGAAGGAUAACAUGGUUACAAUGCAUGACGUAAUGGAUGCUCAGUGGGUUUAUGAAAAUUACAGAGAUGAGACUUAUCUGAGGAGGGUUAUAAUGCCCCUUGAAGUAGUGUUAACGAGUUAUAAGAGGUUGGUUGUUAAGGAUUCUGCAGUGAAUGCUAUUUGUUAUGGUGCCAAGUUUAUGAUACCUGGGUUGCUAAGAUUUGAGAAUGAUAUUGAGGUAGGAGAGGAGGUUGUGUUGAUGACCACCAAGGGAGAGGCAAUUGCUUUGGGUAUUGCAGAAAUGACCACUGCAGUGAUGGCAACUUGUGAUCAUGGUGUGGUUGCAAAGAUUAAGAGGGUGGUGAUGGAUAGGGACACUUAUCCAAGGAAAUGGGGUCUUGGUCCUAGGGCUUCGAUGAAGAAGAAGUUGGUUGCAGCGGGCAAGUUGGAUAAGCAUGGAAAACCUAAUGAGAACACCCCCUCAGAGUGGUUGAGGAACGUGGUUCUCCCAGCAGGAGGAGAUGCUAUGGUUGCAGGUCUUGCUGCUGCUGGUGAACUGGUUCCGGUGAAAGUGGAGACAGAAAUGGUUGUGGAGGAGAAAAAGAAGAAGAAGAAACAUAAGAAUGUGGAAGAUGAGGAAGGGCAUAAGCGUAAACUAGAGGAUAAUGGCAGCCCUGCUCCUAUUCCUACUAAGAAAGUAAAGGUUGAAGAUGUUGAAGUUGUCGAAAAGGAAGAGAAGAAGGUGAAGUUGAAGAAAAAAAAAGAGGCAGAGGAGGAAGAGUUGGAGUCUCUUGAAGUUGAUAAGAAGGAGAAGAAAAAGAAGAAGAAGUCUAAAGAGAAUGGUGGAGCUGGAUUCUCAGACGAGGAGAAGUCUGAGAAGAAGAAAAAGAAGAAGAAGAGUAAAGAGAAUGACGAUGAUGGUGCCUCAGGAGGACCUGCGAGUGCUGUUGGGAGUGAUGAAGAUGGAAGUGAGAAGAAGAAGAAGAAGAAGAAAAAGAAGGAUAGAGAUGCGGAUGAAUAGAAAUGCUUUGUGGGUCUGAGACUUCCUCUUUGAUUAGGAAGACACUCUGUGUGUAUGUUUUCUAACAUCUCAACUCAUUCUUAUGCGGUAUUAAGCAACUUUUGUAAUCCUUAGUAUGUUUUGCAGAAUUGUGUUUUGUUUUUUCAAGCUUUUCAUAAUGGAUAGGUUUCUUCAGCUUAAAUAUUUCAAAUUUGCCGGUCUUGUUUC